UCUAAAUUAUGUAUCGACAUGUUUAAUUGGCUUGUAUAUUGACAGUAAAAAAAAUGGCUGCGUCCAUAGGAAUUGUGACUUUGAAGUUUGGAAAAACGCUAUGCUUGUGCAAUUGCUUAAGAUCAUUUAGUCUUUCUCGAAGGCUUUUAGCAGCAUCAGAUAAACCACAACAAAAUUCAGACGCAGCAGACAAUGACGAAUAUUUUGAUAGAGAGGCCGUUGAAAAACAUAUUGCUAAAUUGAGAGAUGCGUCCGGAAUGAAUGCAUUUGAGAAAAUGAGGCUGAAUGGACAAUUGCCAGUAUUUAAUACUAAGAGAAAAUAUUUCUAUACUAGAGCAUUCCAAAGAAAACUGUUUGCGAGAUACGGAGCUGCAUCAGGUAUUAAUCCAGGCAUCAUGUUUCCAAGCAAGGCUGAGCUGGCUGAUAUGAAUGAAAUAGAUAGGGAUUGGACUCCCAGUUUUCAAGACCUCAUGAAACAAAUCCAAGAUGAAAAACAAGCCCACAGUAAAGCUGAAAAAGAAAGGAUUGAACGUGUUGAGAAGAACAUGGCCAAAAUGCCAGCAAUGAUUGAUGACUUCCAGAAAAAACAGCAGAUUGUUGUGGCAGAGAGUCGCCGUAAGGAGCGCACUGAACAGUACCUAGAUGAGUUCAGAGAGAAGUUUGGGUUCACUGUCACUUUGGACAAUCCGAAAUUUAAAUCAUUUGUGAAAGCGCGAAUUGAUGAAGAUAAAGUCAAGGUGAAGAGAGCCAAGAAAAUGUCGAAGAAAGAAGCUCAGGAGAAAAUUGUACAGCAAAUGUUGGAACAGGGUUCAGGGGCAAAGUACUAAAACAACAUGUGUAUUUUGUAUCAAUGUAUGCAUUUGUUUAACAUUUGUUAAGGCUGUAUAAGUUCACUUUCAAUAUAAAUAAACUUGGCAAGGUAUACAAAAAAGGAUGUGUGUGAUUCAAAAUGUUUAUUAUAGUUAUUCUAAACAUGUUUUUGUCCCCUACCGGUUUUACCGGAGGGGACUUACGGUUUGUGCUCUGUCUGUCUGUCUGUCUGUCAGUCACACUUUUCUGGAUCCUGCGAUAACUUUAAAAGUUCUUAAGAUUUUUUCAUUAAACGUGAAACGUGGAUAGAUGGCAAUAUGGAUAUUAUGCACGUCAUUUCAUUUUGUUCCUACGUCAAAAAUUAUGGUUGCUAUGGCAACAAAUAGACUAGAAGUACUGCUGAAAAUGGUGGUUUUCUGGAUCCUGCGAUCACUUUAAAAAUUCUUAAUAUUUUUUCAUGAAACUUGGAACAUGGAUAGAUGGAAAUAUGGACAUUAAUUUAUGCACGUCAUUUCAUUUUGUUCCUACGUCAAAAAUUCUGGUUGCUAUGGCAACAAAUAAAAAAAAAUCUGACAAAAGUGGAAUUUCUGACAAUAGUGGAGCGGGUAGAGGACUAUAUUGCUUGGCAAUAGUCUUGUUUCUAUUUAAUAUGUUCUGAUAUUGGUACUUAUCAUGGUUAGCCUGGUGAUACCGUCUACCAGUAUGUUAAGCUUUUGUCCUCAAAUAUAUAUAUAUUUUAAAUUUAUGAAUCAAAGAAACCACAUAGAUGUAAUUUUACCCUUUUCAUGCAGAAAUAAACAUUUAGUUAGAUUU